AUGGCUGAUAUAAAUCCCAUCCUGGACACUGCGGAGUUCACACCUCAUGAGGGAGUCUCAAGUUUAGGUUUUGUUGGCCGCACUUUCCUCGACCUUUUAGCAUAUGCAUUAAAUGGAUGCAACAAACUUAGGAAGAUAUGUGACAUGGAGGCCCUAACUCUGUGGGACCCAGGAUAUGCUGCUGCUUCUGGAGCCUCAGAGGUGGGGUCUCUGCUGAUCACUGUGGCGCAUCACAGGAGGAAAGAAGCCGCCCCCAAACCACCCACGAGGUGCCUGUACCAUAUGUCUAAAGCAGGCCUUGGUAGUGGCGGUAGAAAUCCAGGCAUUGGUAGUGGUGGAAAUCCAGGCAUUAGUAGUGGCGGGGGAAAUCCAGGCAUUAGUAGUGGCGGGGGAAAGCCAGGCAUUAGUAUUGGCGGUGGAAAGCCAGGCAUUGGUAUUGGCGGUGGAAAGCCAGGCAUUGGUAUUGGCGGUGGAAAGCCAGGCAUUGGUAUUGGCGGUGGAAAGCCAGGCAUUAGUAGUGGUGGGGGAAAGCCAGGCAUUGGUAUUGGCGGUGGAAAGCCAGGCAUUGGUAGUGGCGGGGGAAAGCCAGGCAUUGGUAUUGGCGGUGCAAAGCCAGGCCUUGGUAGUGGCGGUGGAAAGCCAGGCAUUUGUAGUGGCGGUGGAAAGCCAGGCAUUGGUAGUGGCGGUGGAAAGCCAGGUAUUGGUAGUGGCGGUGGAAAGCCAGGCAUUGGUAUUGGCGGUGCAAAGCCAGGCAUUGGUAUUGGCGGUGCAAAGCCAGGCCUUGGUAGUGGCGGUAGAAAGCUAGGCAUUGGUAGUGGCGGUAGAAAUCCAGGCAUUGGUAGUGGUGGAAAUCCAGGCAUUGGUAGUGGUGGAAAUCCAGGCAUUAGUAGUGGCGGGGGAAAGCCAGGCAUUAGUAUUGGCGGUGGAAAGCCAGGCAUUGGUAUUGGCGGUGGAAAGCCAGGCAUUGGUAUUGGCGGUGGAAAGCCAGGCAUUGGUAUUGGCGGUGGAAAGCCAGGCAUUGGUAUUGGCGGUGGAAAGCCAGGCAUUGGUAUUGGCGGUGGAAAGCCAGGCAUUGGCAUUGGUAGUGGUGGUGGAGAGCCAGGCUUUGGUAGUGGCGGUGGAGAGCCAGGCUUUGGUAGUGGCGGUGGAAAGCCAGGCAUUGGUAGUGGCGGUGGAAAGCCAGGCAUUGGUAGUGGCGGUGGAAAGCCAGGCUUUGGUAGUGGCUAG